ACUGUGGCACAUCUUGGCCACCACCGGUCUUCAAGCCGUCCCACUCCACUGGCUCUGAGCUUGCAUUGUCUCAGGCAGAGAGCGGGUAAUUUGCAGAAUAAAGGUAGCUCACUAGUGUCUCGCUCUCUGACGUGAUGUGGGCCGAGACGUGCGCGAGGCGGUCCUCCUGAAUGUGGGACUAUUCCCAGCAGAAGUGCCCGUGUUUAUCGCCCCACUCCUCGCCUCGGAUGCUGGAGUCGUACACCGAUAUAAGCGCUAGUGGCACGGGUAGAGGGGCGCGGAGAGGCGGAAGGAAAGAAGGCAGAAAGAUAGGGGGCAUUUUAAUACCAAAACGGGACACAUGUUGAGCUAACGGCCGAGUCCACCUCCCCCUUCUCCUCCCAAAUGCAUUCGCUGCCUCACUCGCCUUCCUGUCACUAAUUAGUCCACGGAUCUUCGCCUUACGAGCCGUUUCACGGACUACAACUAUGGAUCUCAGUAAAAUCGCUGUCAGCAUCAAUAAGGCCAUCAACACACAGGAAGUCGCGGUCAAGGAGAAACAUGCCAGGACUUGUAUUCUGGGAACCCAUCAUGAGAAAGGAGCCCACACUUUCUGGGCAGCGGUCAACAGACUUCCUCUUUCCAGCAAUGCCGUUCUCUGCUGGAAGUUCUGUCACGUUUUCCACAAGCUAUUACGAGAUGGCCAUCCAAACGUGAUUAAAGACUCGAUGCGAAACAAGGCUGAUCUAACAGAUAUGAGCAGGAUGUGGGGCCACCUGAGUGAAGGCUAUGGCAAGCUGUGCAGCAUCUACCUCAAACUGCUCAUCACCAAAAUGGAGUUCCACAUCAAAAAUCCCCGUUUCCCUGGCAACCUGCAGAUGUCAAACCGACAGCUGGAAGAGGCCGGAGAGAACGACGUGAACAAUUUCUUCCAGUUGACCGUAGAGAUGUUUGACUACUUGGAGUGUGAGCUUAACCUUUUUCUCAGUGUCUUCAACUCUCUGGACAUGUCUCGCUCGGUGUCGGUGACAGCAGCGGGACAGUGCCGCCUGGCGCCCCUUAUCCAGGUCAUUCUGGACUCGAGUCACCUAUACGACUAUACUGUCAAGCUGCUAUUCAAGCUGCACUCCUGCCUUCCAGCAGACACGCUCCAGGGCCACAGAGACCGUUUUCAGGAGCAGUUUAAAAAGUUAAAGAGUCUCUUCUACCGCUCCAGCAACUUACAGUAUUUUAAAAGACUCAUUCAAAUCCCGCAGUUGCCUGAGAAUCCUCCCAACUUCCUGCGCGCAUCAGCCCUGUCAGAGCACAUCAGCCCCGUGGUGGUGAUCCCAGCAGAGUCGUCAUCCCCUGAGUCUGAGCACGUGGUUGAGACAGACGACCUCGUAGACACAGACAUCCCUGUACUACCGGCUGCCGUGGAGACCAAAUUUGAUGAUCUGUUUGGCACAACAGCAGCCGUUGAUCCGUUUAAUUUUAACAAUCAGAAUGGGAUGCGCAAAGACGACAAAGACAGGUUAAUUGAACAGUUGACCAGGGAGAUUCAGAGCCUUAAAGAGGAGCUCGAGUCUUUUAGGCUAGAGAGUGGUCGGUUGUGCCAGGCGCUGCGGGGGCGUGUCAGUGAGUUAGAGGCGGAGCUUGCGGAGCAGAGCCACCUGAGGCUGCAGGCUGUAGGGGAGGCAGAGUUCCUGAAGGCGGAGCUAGACGACCUGCGACGGGUCAGAGAGGACACCGAGAAGGAGCAGCGCAGCCUCACAGAAAUAGAAAAGAAGGCACAGGCCAAUGAACAACGCUACACCAAACUGAAAGAGAAGUACACAGAGCUGGUUCAGAGUCACGCUGACCUGCUCAGGAAGAAUGCAGAGGUGACGCGACAGAUGACCGUUGCUCGCGCUGCACAGGAUGAGGUGGAGGCUGUGAGGAGAGAGAUGCAGGAGAAGGUGAAGGUGGCACAGGAGGCGGCUGACAGACAGGAGAAGGCACAGCAGGAGCAACUUCAGGAACUCCAGAGAGAACUGCUGUCCAGUCGAACUGAGCUGGAGAGUCUAAAAUCAACUGUGACGUCAUCACAGCAGUCAAGUGAGGCACUCAAUACUCAGCUGGCGGCCCUAGAGUCUGAGAAGGCGGACCUUGUGCAGUCGCUGUCCAAAGUGGAGGCGGAGCUUGCUGUUCGAGGGGAGGAGUUACAACAGGCCCAAACUUCACUGGCUAUGGAGAGGGAAAGUGGUGUCAAGGCAGCAGAGUCCUUGCAGAAUCAGCUCAAUGAAAAGGAGAGCAGAGAACAGGCCCUGGAGAGCCAGCUGGUGGCUGCUCGCUGGUGCAGUCUACAAGGGGCAGUGGAGGAGGCAGAGAGGAUCAUCCAGGACUCCCUGGCUCAGAUCGAAGACCCAGCACACAUAAGCUCCACAAGUUCAGCAGACUAUCUGGCAUCCAGAUGUCGGGCUUCAUUAGACUGUAUAGACAGGCUCCCUCCUGCGAUGGAGACCUUUUUGGCAGACAACACAGCCUUGUCUGAACUGGUACGAGCACUGACUCAAUGUGGCCACCUGGUGGGGGACACCAUAGUGCAGGGCAGUGCUACCUCCCACAUGGUUCCUGUAGAGAAGGCGGAUGCCCUGUCAGAGAAUGUAAAGACAUGUGGCGCAGAAGCCUUGACUCUCCUGGGGACCAUGAAGCAGCGGGACACCAUGUCCUCGGCCGACAUCAGUAAGCUCAAGGCCACUCUGCACCUCAUCCUGGACACAGCUGAGAAACUGCGGCCUCGAGGUUUGGAGCUGCAGCAGGGGGAGCUUGGGGAUCUGGUGGAGCAGGAAAUGGCUGCCACUUCUGCCGCGGUGGAGUCAGCUGCCGCCCGGAUAGAGGAAAUGCUCAACAAGUCUCGAGCAGUGGACACAGGAAUCAAGAUGGAGGUCAAUGAGAGGAUCCUUGCGUCUUGUACAGAACUGAUGCAAGCCAUCAAGGAGCUUGUUCUAUCUUCCAAAGAUCUGCAGAGGGACAUUGUGGAGAGUGGCCGGGGGGCAGCCUCCAUGAAGGAGUUUUACGCAAAGAACUCCCGCUGGACUGAAGGCCUGAUCUCAGCCUCCAAAGCAGUGGGAUGGGGGGCUACAGUCAUGGUGGAUGCAGCUGACCUGGUGGUGCAGGGUAAAGGAAAGUUUGAGGAGCUGAUGGUGUGUUCCCAUGAAAUCGCUGCCAGUACAGCACAACUGGUGGCUGCUUCCAAGGUAAAAGCAGACAAAGACAGCUCCAAACUUCAGCGUCUAAAGCAGGCGUCCCGGGGCGUUACACAGGCCACUGCAGGUGUGGUGGCUUCAACCAAGUCGGGCAAGUCCCAGAUAGAAGAGACAGACACAAUGGACUUUUCCAGCAUGACCCUGACACAGAUCAAGAGACAGGAGAUGGACUCACAGGUGUUGGUCUUGGAGUUGGAAACUCGUCUGCAGAAGGAGAGGGAGCGUCUGGGUGAGCUGAGGAAGAAGCACUACGAGCUGGCCGGGGUCGCAGAGGGCUGGGGCGAGGAAGAGGAGGGCACCGGCUGAAAUCUCCGCUCCCUGUUGACCCUCUGCUCCUCUCAAAAAGACUGCCUGCUUCGCUCUAUUUACACAUUUCCUUUUUUAUGUUUGUUUGCCAUCCAAGCCAACUGAAAAGGUGCUUCUUACCCCCUCCGCAAGGCCACACCUCUGCCUGCUCUCCGGAUACUUCCACACCAAGGGCAAAACAAAUGGACAAGUCUAGACCCUUGUUUUAACCCCUUCAUCUACUUCCACUGAAUUUCACCAUCCCGUUUUUGUACAUUUUGGAUCUACAUAAAAGACUAGAAGCACAAACUUAACCUCCCAGACUGAACUGCACAGGGAACUGCCAAAUUCCCCACUAGAAUCAUGUCUCUGUGUAGCAUAGAUGGCACACUCGACAAGUAAAACAAGUGGUGUUUUGUCAGUGUAUGAAAACGUGGGGAUCAGAACAGCUCUAAAUGUCUGCAGCCGUCACCUCCGCCAACCUCCGCCAACCUUCACCGACUCUAGUUUCUUCCUAUUCUUUUCUCACUGUGAGUUGCCACAUAUUGAGUCCAUACCGCUUUACAAAACUGGUUCACUGGACUUUCUGCCUUUUCCCCAUUGGAGCCAUGACUGUUAAAACCAAUCUUUGUUUUGAAUCAGCGCCUGAGAAAAGCUUCAGACCUGGAAAGCACACGUUAUUUUCCGUGUUGUUUUUUUGUUUUUCCUUCAAGCUCAGACUGCCAGCUACCUCACGCCACAUGGUCAGAGGUAGGAGUGCCACAUUAUGGGAACUUUAACAAGUUUUUAAGAAGGGUGUUGCCCAAGAUACUUAAGCACAUUUCUUUUACCGAUUUCAUUUCAAAAUGUUUAUGUGUGAAGGGACUUUUUGUGUUCUUAACAAUGACAGGAAGUGUGCAGUGGGCUUGAUUUGCCUGCUAGCUGUUCCAGGCGAACACAAGACUUUUUCAACGUUAAAUAAGUCAGAUGUCCCCUAGUGUAUUUUUAGACACAUUUCCUUAAUAGCUGAGUCAGUGGUUAGGCAGCAAUGACGCAAAGCAGCUGUAAUGGCCAGUCGUUCAAUGAUCCACUAAUGGUGUGGUCUGAAAGAAAGUAGGGACGACGACGAGGAUGAUGAUGACGUUUUUUUGUCAGAUGAAGCUGGGGACUGAACAAAUGUAAAUCUUAAAUCUAAAAUAGAUAUAGUUUUAUCAGGUAUUAUGUCACACGCAAAUAUACAGUGCAUAUUGUAUCUAAUUUAUCAAGAGAGCGGUUUUAUAAUGGACUACAAUGGACUACAUUGUGUACACUACAGUAUACCUUUCAUUUCAGGAGUAGAUCUUGUCAACUUGUGUGGCGCCAAUUCACACAUCUUUUUUAUAAUAGUGACUGAUAAGAAAUGAUUUUCCCAUAACAUUACAGACAGUAGAUUCUAUCAUCAAACCAAGGAAAUUAAGUCUUUUGUACUGAAAUUUCUAGGAUUUGUUCCAAAUCUCACCCAGCUGCUUGUGCUAAUUUAGGUGUGUUUUUAACCUGUGACGUCAGUGAAAAGUUUAUAAUCAUUAUGGGAAGAUAGAGGAGCAUAGUUAGAAAUAAUGAAAUCUUACACAAAACAUUUACUAAAACUGAGAAGAAACCCAGUUAUCAUUUCAACUUCAAAACUUUGAAAAUGUUCACUUUUGUUAUAAGUACAAGUCCAAAAUAUAUUCUGAAACUCUAAAUUAUAUUGGCUGAAAAAACUAGUGUGUCCCUAGAUUUAAUCUAUUUUUCAAUGGUUAAUAUUGAACGCACCUUGUUGACAUUUGUGUUAUCUUUUCUACUAUUAACUGUGGCUCUGUGUCUGUGUCAUAAGCAGCUCAGCCAGCCUUUCAAACUGCCUCACACGCUGUAGAAAACUCACAUAGCAACAUUGAACUAUGUCUUUGUAUGAUAUACUAAAACUGUUGGUGGGUUCAUUUUUAUUGUUUUUUCAGUUUUUGGAAAUAAUAAAUAUUUCAACACA